ACACCUUGCGCCAACCUACAUAACUCAAAAUAAUUGUAACCUCUUGGGAAGAAAUUCGGUUGCAUACCUACCUAGAUAUUCUCUCUCUCGUCUCGUGUGAUGCAUUCUCAAGCAUAGCGCUGCGAGGUCGACACCGCACGAUACCAAUCAAUCCGAUGGAUCUUAAAUGAAAUCGCCAUCUUCCAUCACCCCUCGGUGCCACAAAGAUUCUCCGCUCUCUGGGCGUCGCACUUGGCGUACGAAUAUUUUGUCAACAACAGCUGAUCAUUUAAACGCCAAUUCCAAAUCUUCCACCUACGGUACUACGCUCAGUCCAACUUAUAAUUAACUAGAGCCCCGAACCGAAGCAGCUUCUGAUCUAAGUCACACGACACGCUCAAAUAGGACCCGAAAAUGGACCCAGACGACAGCAGCUCGGGCAAUAUAUUCGCGACAUACCCGUUUUCUUGGGUACUUGUCCCAAUCAUCAUAUUCGUCGGUGUCGGAACGCUCCUCAUGUGCUACCGUUAUCGCCGCCGAAGGAAGCUCCGCAUGUUAUACGGCACCAGCGCUUUAGAACGGGAUUUAGAAGCCAUGGGCAAUCGUUCAAGACCGAGGGCACCAGCCGAGCGGCGGACAAGAGGAGGGAGACGUGGACUAGGAUCGAACUUGGGCAGUCGAGAGGAAGGUCUAAAUGAGCUGGGUGAAGCGCCACCAGCCUACACCCCCGCACAAAAACGAUCUGAUAACACAGACGACGUAGAAUUAAGUCCCUUGCAACCAUCGCCGGGUGCUAUAGCCACGGACGGGCCCGGUACCAGCAGACCACCAACAUACGAAGAAUUACACCAAGGGGCGGAUCAGACUCAAUCUAUAACGCCCACUGCGGCAUCCAACAUACCGGAACCGCCCCCGAGAGCGGUCUUACCUCCGCAUUGACCCUACGAUUAAAGAACGGAAGGCUUAGAAGGGAUAUUAUUUCUGUGUAGGACAACGGAGUUUGGGGCAUUACAUGUGCUGCCUGGGUUAUCUAACGAAAUUAUUGCGAUUGUUCAAAGAGAUAUAUUAGACGGCAACUCAUCACGUUGGUAUGCCCGGUUGUAUAGAAUAGGGACAUCUGGGUGGUUCGUCCUUGUUGAGAAGGGUCGGAAUCUAAUUGAUGUCUAC